AUUAACAAAACAUAUAUUCUUUCUAUUUACAAAACCAAAGUUAUAGGUUACAGCCUAAAAUAACUAGUUAUGGAGUGAAACCAAACAAGCUUUGCAUAAGAUACUCUUUUUCUGCUUAGCUAUGUAUCGACAUGCACUAUAAAUCCAAAUGGAUAUACUAGAGAGAUGCGACAGCCAUCAAUUUCUUGUUGGAAUACAUAGGUUUAAACGACAUUUAUUUGAGUAUAUAAGGAAUUUAAGCUCAUCACACAAAAAUCAAUCUGCAGCAAUGGCCUCAAACAGCAUCUCCGUUCUCAACGCCCUCGACAACGCCCGCACUCAAUGGUACCACGUGACGGCGAUCGUCAUCGCCGGAAUGGGAUUCUUCACCGACGCAUACGACCUCUUCUGCAUCUCCACCGUCUCCAAGCUCCUCGGCCGCCUCUACUACUACGACCCCGCCUUGGGCAAGCCGGGGAAGCUCCCCCACGGCGUCAACAACGUGGUCAUCGGCGUGGCCCUCGUCGGAACCCUAUCCGGCCAGCUCUUCUUCGGGUACUUGGGAGACAAGUUUGGAAGGAAGAAAGUGUACGGCAUCACCCUCAUCCUCAUGGCGUCCUGCGCCAUCUGCUCCGGCUUGUCGUUCGGGUACAGCCCGAAAGCCGUCUUGGGGACGCUCUGCUUUUUCCGCUUCUGGCUUGGCUUUGGCAUCGGCGGUGACUACCCGCUCUCCGCCACUAUUAUGUCGGAGUACGCUAAUAAGAAGACGCGCGGCGCCUUCAUCGCGGCUGUCUUCGCGAUGCAGGGCGUCGGCAUCAUUUUCGCCGGCUUGGUCUCCAUGAUCAUAUCUAGGGUUUUCCUCGGGAUGUACGGCGGCCCGGCAUUCAACGACGAGAACGUCUUCUCCACAGAGCCGGAGGCCGACUACGUCUGGAGGAUCGUGCUCAUGAUUGGUGCAUUGCCGGCGCUGCUGACGUUCUACUGGAGGAUGAAGAUGCCGGAGACGGGGCGGUACACGGCGCUGAUCGAGGGGAACGCGAAGCAGGCGGCGGCGGACAUGGGGCGCGUGCUCGACAUCGAGAUCAACGCCGAGCAGGAGAAGGUUGCUCAGUUUAACUCCGCCAACGAAUACCAGAUCUUCUCGAGCGAGUUUUUCGCCCGCCACGGGAAGCACUUGAUCGGAACUGCGACGACGUGGUUUUUGCUCGACAUCGCCUUCUACAGCCAAAACCUGACGCAGAAGGAUAUCUUCCCGGUGAUGGGGCUGACACGUGAUGCCGUAAAGCUGAGCGCGCUGCGGGAGAUGUUCGAGACGUCGCGGGCGAUGUUCGUGAUCGCGCUAUUCGGGACCUUCCCCGGUUACUGGUUCACCGUGGCAUUCAUCGAGAAGAUCGGCCGGUUCUACAUUCAGCUAGUUGGGUUCUUCAUGAUGUCUAUGUUCAUGUUCAUCAUCGGCGUCAAGUACGAUUACCUCAAGGAUAAGGACCACAGGUGGACCUUCGCCGCCCUCUACGGCCUCACCUUCUUCUUUGCCAACUUCGGACCCAACAGCACGACAUUCGUGCUGCCGGCAGAGCUCUUCCCUACACGGGUGCGGUCCACCUGCCACGCGCUCAGCGCCGCAUCGGGGAAGGCCGGGGCCAUGAUCGGCGCCUUCGGGAUCCAAAACUACACACAAGACGGGAAUGUGAAGCAGAUCAAAAAGGCGAUGAUCAUCUUAGCAAUUACGAAUUUGAUGGGAUUUGGGUUCACCUUUCUGCUGACAGAGACCAAGGGACGGUCCCUGGAGGAGAUCUCCGGCGAAGAUGCUGGCUACGGUGACGCGCAGGCUGCUGGAGAGGAGCGGCGCGAUAAUUGGGACGACACGUCGAGGAACGGUUGAUUUGGGGAUGGAUUUGCCGGCAAGUCAGACACUUGAGCUUAAACAAAAUUAUUAGUCUAUUGCUUUCAAAUAAAUUAUGUUACGAGAUGAUGCAAAACUAUCAUAUCUCGGCUCACCAUAAAUCGAUAGACUCGUAAUUUUGCUACAUUUAACUGAAUAAUACGUACUACUAUGUGUUUAUUGGAUUAUGGCAAUACUGUUGUGCAAGGCAAUAAACACAUUCGACUAAAUUUGGGGUUGUGUGGCUAAAUUAACCGAGCAAAAUUUGUCAUUUCAGACCAUUAUUCAUACACCGGGUUUUUUCUUCUUUUGUUCUAGAACACACUUAACAUUCCUCAAGUGUAUAAUAUGUCAUUUCAGACCAUUAUUCAUACACCGGGUUUCAGACCAGUCAUGAAGCACCUGUUGUUCAUAUAUCAUAGAAGUUUGCCCUUUACAAUAAUCUUUGGGCACGGGAUGAUUAAUUUCUCACCUGGAUUGGUAAAUCGAGUUCCCCCUUCCAUGAUGGUGUCAGCUAUGACCAUGAGCAGUAAAUAUGUUUCCUCCUUGGGGUGUCCGACCAGCAGGGCGCCAAACGUUAUUUCUCUCGAGUUGCUUUCAAGCUCAAACCGUGAAAGAGUGUGUUUCUUCUUCUCUUUUCUUUAUCGUUUGUAUCUACAGAUCAAGUUAAGAUCGAUGGAUGAUUUGUUACAUUUUGGUCUAUAUAUAUUCACAUUAUGAAAAUUA